AUGUCAGAGCCUAAGCCCCCACUGGACAGCCCUGAGGCUCAACACUCCGACGAUCCUUCAAGUUCCAGCGAUCCUUCAAGUUCCAGCGAUCCUUCUGACGAUGACCUGGUGCCCCAAACCGAGAAGACCGAAAAUGGCGGCAUCGCCCCAGAUAGUCCUCGCGAGCUAAAGGAAACAGAGUGCUAUGAUGCACUAGCUUACUCGUGGCCUCGAUGGAAGAAAUGGACGUACCUCGUGGCAAUUGCCUUCGUCCAGGUAUCCAUGAACUUCAACACAUCCGUCUUUCCCAAUGCGGUAAUACCUCUCUCAAAGGCCUGGAAUAUUAGUCAACAGGAAGCCCGAACUGGACAAAUGGCCUACCUUGUUACUUACUCUAUUGGGUGUGAGCUUUGGGCUCCGUGGAGUGAGGAGUUUGGUCGCUGGCCCAUCCUCCAGCUCUCAAUGUUCCUGAUUAACAUCUGGCAACUCCCUGCUGCAUUGGCUCCUAAUUGGGGCUCCAUCGUUGUUGCACGUGCCCUGGGUGGAAUCUCCACUGCCGGUGGUAGUGUCACUUUGGGUUUGAUUGCCGACCUUUACGAGCCCGAUGAGCAGCAAUUCCCGCUGGCAUUUAUUGUCUUCUCCUCUUGUAUCGGAACAAGUAUUGGUGGUGUUAUUGGUGGUCCGAUCGAACGCUUCCUCGAUUGGCAGUGGUUCUUCUGGAUCCAGCUCAUCUUCGGAGCCGUCACUCAAGCGAUCAUCUUCUUCAUGCCCGAAAGUCGUUCGACAAUCCUUAUCGACAGAGAAGCAAAGCGUCGCCGCAAGACCGGAGAAGACCCGAACGUGUACGGACCCAACGAACUCAAAAAGCCUCGCGUCUCCCUCAAGGAAGCCGGCAAGAUUUGGAUUCGACCCUUUCAUAUGCUUUUGCGCGAGCCCAUCGUGUUGUGCCUGUCUCUUCUCUCUGGGUUCUCCGAUGCGCUCAUAUUCACCUUCCUGGAGAGCUUCAGUAUAGUCUACGAGCAAGGAUGGGGCUUCGGGGUCUUGGCUUGUGCUUGGGCCGUUAUCCCAAUCAACCUCGCUUACCUUCUGACCUACAUCUCCUACUUCCCUUGGUUCGCGAGAGACGAACACCUCCGAAAGAAGCACGGCGACGAGGCAAUCCCACCCGAGCGUCGUCUCAAGUGGCUCCUCUGGCUGGCACCCUUCGAGCCGAUCGGACUAUUCGGUUUUGCCUGGACAUCUUUCGGCCAAGCGCGCGGUAUUCCAUGGAUUGCAUCAAUGAUCUUCUCCACCAUGGUCGGAAUCGCAAACUAUGCUAUCUAUCUCUCGUCUGUGGACUACAUGAUCGCAUCAUAUGGUGUAUACUCAGCUUCCGCUUGCGGUGGUAAUGCCUUCGCUCGUGACCUGCUGGCCGGUAUCUCGGCAAUGUACGCCACGCCGAUGUACAACAAUAUUGGCAGCAAAUGGCAUGUUCAAUAUGCCAGUACGAUCUUAGGCUGUCUAUCUUGUCUCGUUGUGGCCCCUAUCUAUCUAUUCUACUGGAAGGGUCCGCAAAUUCGAGAAAGGAGUAAAUUUGCCAAGUCUCUUGCUGCCGAUCGAAAGGAAAAUGGUGGCCGACGAGUCAGCAGACCUUCGUUUGAGCCUUGA